GUAAAGAGCACAGUCUGAACUUUACGUUGUUUUGUCCAUAUAUCUUUCGAUUGUUAUACCAAUAUUCUAAUUGGGACCAAAUUGAAUCCUCCUGUUCUCUUGACCCUGGUCUUACUUCACGAAUCAAUCUCGUAUUCGAUUUGUACAUUGUACAGCCAUAUAUCGUCGAAAGUAUAGUGCUUCCGUGCUUGUAUUAGACUCGAAAGAGCUAUGGAAGCAAUAGGGGCGAUCAGCAAUAUUGCUGGUGUUCUAUCCGCUGGGAUACAAGUUUGCGAGGGGCUUGUUAAUUAUUAUAAUGCCUGGAAAGGUAGCAAAAAGGAGAAUGCCGACAUGAUUAAAUCCAUCGAAAAUCUUUCCACCAACUUUGUUCUAUUAAAGGUCACCUUACAGAGUCCUACUUUCGAUAAAGUAAUGGCCAAAACUGUGGAGUCUAAGGUUUUGGACUGCGAAGACAGUAUCACAGAAUUACAGGAUGAAUUAAAGAAGGUCAUGAUUUGCAAGCCUUCAGUGGUAGACACAAAUAAUUUGUUGGCAACAAACAGCCAUGAUAACAAUGGAUUCAGGGAUAGGAUGACGGAACAAGGAAGAAGAAUUCUCUAUCCAUUCAGGAAGAGUACAUUGAUGAGAUUACAAGAGAACAUCGAACACAUGAGGAGUAAUCUGGUCCUUGCUAUGGAUAUUUUAAAUUUGUAUGCCUCCAGUUCCCAAGAUCUCAAGCAAUGUUAAUGAUUACUAGGUCCACGGCCUCGACCACGGCGGGGAGAGUUGCCGAUAUUUCUAAACAAGUCACAACGAUUAGUAGCGGGUUAGAUGCUAUCAUUACUCAACAAAUGGACAAAGAAAGUAUCCAAGUCCUGGAAUGGCUGUCUACCAUUGACUGUCACUCCAAGCAACGCGAAAUGCUCAGUCGAAGACACGAAGGUACCGGCGAGUGGCUCUUUGAAAGCCAGAAAUAUCAAAAUUGGCUAGAUGGAAAGGAUAGAUUACUGUGGUGCUCGGGUUCACCCGGAGCGGGCAAAACAGUCCUUGCUUCCGCCAUUGUCGACAACUUGGAAACAACGUUUUCAUCCUCGAAUGUGGGCGUGGCAUUCGUCUAUUGUAACUACGCAGAGAAAACAACUAUCGCCGAAUAUCUCGCUAGCAUUGUACAGCAGCUUGUCCGACAACGAUACGUAAUUCCAGAUUAUGUCAUUGACUUAUAUCGCAAACAUAGGUCUAUGGGAAGAAACCUGACUAGCGCGGAGGCUGUACAUCUACUCCAUUUAUUAACGUCUGAGUUCCCCCGUUUGUAUAUAGUCGUCGAUGGCUUGGACGAAUGUGAUGAAACCAAGAAAACAAGAUCAAAUCUCGUUCGGGAAUUACGGAAUCUGCCUUUAAAUACAAACGUACUCCUUACGUCACGUCGUUUGGGGGAUAUUGAAGAUAAGUUGUCUGAUUGUCCACAUCUCGAAAUUCGAGCUAGCGACCAUGACGUGCGAGCGUACCUGGGAGCUCGUAUAGAUACCGACGAGAAUAUCCUCAAAUUUUGCAAGAAGGAUCCGACCUUACGGGAGACAAUUGUAGGAAAAAUUGCGGAGAAGGCUCAUGGAAUGUUCGUUAAGUAGGACUCCCCAUCUCCAUGUGGUAUACUGAUCUGUUGGCUAGGUUCCUUCUUGCCCAUUUACACAUAGAAGCUAUUGCUUCAGAACUUAAGAUCAGCCGUAUUAAAAAAGCAUUGGCUGGCCUGCCAAAUAUUCUAGACAACUCCUAUGAUGAUGCCAUGAAGAGAAUCAUGGAAGGACAAGACACGAAUCGUAAAAACUUGGCUAUGAACAUUUUGAUGUGGCUGUCUUGUGCAAAGAGACUCUUGACUCUUCGCGAGCUCCAGCAUGCCAUGGCUAUUAUGGAACUCGAUCCUGAUGAGGACGAAUUAGAUGAAGAGGAUUUUUACGAUCAAGACCUGCUAUUAACAGUCUGUGCCGGUCUCGUGGUAAUUGACCCAGAGAGUGGUAUUAUCCGCCUGUGUCACUAUACUCUUCAAGAAUACUUUGAGCGCCAUCGCUCAAAAUUCUUUGCCGAUGCUGAUAUCUUGAUCACUCGAGCUUGCAUUAGGUACUCGUCUUUGGAUGAUUUCAAGAAACCAGAAAAUCCAGAUCGCGGGGUCACCAAAAUUCAACUUAGACGGUACAGUCUGUUGUCGUAUGCAAGCCAGUACUUAUGUGCAAAUGCUCAAGGCACGGCAGAAAUAGAACUUACUGACGAUAUACCGUAUUUUCUCAACCAAGGAAUACUCGUAAAUGGCGCAUCUGCGGCUAUGAAGGUGUCCAGCAUACGCAAUACGAUCGAAUUUUCCCCUUCAAUCGUAGCCGCUGUCAUGUUUGGGUUACCAACAAUCAUCGGCAAAAUCCUCAAGUCAGAGGCAGACAUUGAGGCAACCUGUUCUAAGGAUUUCACACCUUUGUUGAUGGCAGCAGAAAUGGGCCACUUGUCUGUAGUUUCAGGCGUCGUCGCCUCCAAGGCAGAAUUUUUGGCUAAAGAUUAUCGCGGAGAUAAUUCACUUCACGAGGCUCCACUGGGCGGUUAUACUGAAAUCGUGAAACAGCUUGUUUCUGCCGAGCCCUCCUUGAUUGAAGUUGCACUAGAAGAUAAUUUCGAUAAAACGGCACUCCAUAUGGCCAUCGGUUGCAACUAUGAAGAAGUUAUCAGAGCUCUGAUAGGGACUGGAGUCGAUGUAAACAGAUUAGACGGAUUAAAGCUGGCCCUGUUGAUGAAUCAAUCGUGGCAACCUUCCAGAAACCGUGGCAACCUUCCAGAAACCGUGGCAGCCUUCCAGAAACCGUCGAUUUAUUGAUAGGAAGGGGGUAGAUGUCGAUGCGCGCGUUUCGCGAUAAUACUACCCUUAUCCAUGGCAAGGAUAUUUGGAAACACUGAAGAUUUAAAAAACUUGCUAGCACCAGCAGCGAAAGUCCAUGCUACCACGAAUGCUCACUCGGGUACAGCACUACUUCAUCUCGCCAGCUCAAUCCACAAGAUAAUGCCAUCAUUGCCGAGGAACUUAUUCGUCAUAGUAAGGAUGUUAAUAGUUCUCAUGUAUUCCACCUUACAUCUUUCUGUUAUGGAAGUUCUGAUAGAAGCUGGGGCUAAGAUCCAGGCCAAAGACAAAAACGGGGAAGCUGCAUUACAUAAACCCUGGAACUUGGCUGUUAGGAUUCUGUACAAGCUCUCAUCGAUUCUGGUGUGGAUCUCCAAGCAAAGAACUUCGAAGUAAAUAUAGCUUUGGAUUUUGCUAGAGAGUCAAGAACUAGGUGUCUAUAUUUAGAGAUCGUUUAUUGUUUGUGGAGGCGAGAACCUUGAUGCUGUACUUUAAGUGGUGGCCGAAUACACAUGUCAGUCAGCAUGAUAUACGAUCUCGCGUUACGGAUUCAGAGGAAAGUCACCUUAUACUCAAUCACUAUGGCUCACCUCUGAGGAAAACUAUGAGAAUAUUGACUUCCCUUCUCCGACCUUCUACCUAAAGCCUAGCCUAGGCAAAAUAUCCAGCAUGGUUCUGUUAGCCCGGAAAAUAAGCCAGGCUAUCAAUCACCUGAAUGAGUGCCAUAACAUCCAGGAAUUAUGUCUGAUGUGUCUAACGAAGGCUCUGAUCUAAUCAAACUGUUAACAUCAAAACAAUAUACGCAAAAACGUUAGAUAUGGCGGACUAGUCAGUGCUUACAUGUAUGUAAACUGACAGUACCGUUGGUAUUCAUCCUUCAGUCACCUCAAAUACUCAAGAGCUAUUCAUUGUUUAACCUAUUUGCAGUAUCGGGUUGUAAAAUUUCACAUCUCAGUUAC